AUGAAAACCCCCCUUAAUCAUCCUUUUCUCAGUGAAACAUUUUCAGUAGAAAAAACCAACGAAAAAAUAGAGAAAUGACGCUUUAGAGACCAAAGUGGUGGUUUGCUACGUACUUCCUUCUUCGAUCAGUUGAAACAGUCAUGGGUACUGGUGCAGUCCUGUUUGCUAUUUCCCUUCUCUAUGUAAUUGAAGCUCAAGGACUCCAAGAUGUGUUUGUGUUGCAGGGAAAGGACUUACACCUGGAUAUAAAGAAACCUGUUGUACUUGACGAAACAAGAGAUUUAUUCUGGAGAUUUAAUACCAAAAACAAUAUUGUUAAAAUCACUCCUGAAAGAAAGACAUUAUUGAUUAACAGCUAUAAAGAAAGGGUUGAGUUUCGACAAAAUUACUCUCUGUUAUUAAAGAAUGUACAACACAGUGACAGUGGAGAUUAUGCUGCAGUCAUGGUUGGGGGACAAGAGGAAAGGGUAGCUGAAUACAAGGUCACAGUCCAAGAUCCAGUGUCUCCAGUUAAUCUGACAGUGACCAACAGCUCAGACUCCUGUAACAUCACUGUGACCUGCAGCACAGUGGACUUAAAGAUCAGCAGAACGUUUAGAUGUGAUGCCCAAAACUGCUCUCAGGUGGAAGAAAAGAGUCUGAACACCAGAAAAAACUUUUCCUCUCUGAUUGUUUACCUGCGGCAAGACACCAUCGUUUGUAACCAUAGCAACGAAGUGAGCUGGAAACAGAGCAAGGUGACCAAACUGCAGUGUGAGCCAAAGCCAGUUCCCAAUAAAGCCAUCAUAGCUGGGGCUUCCGCUGGUGUUUUCAUCAUCUUGACUGUUGUGACUCUGCUUUUCUCUGUCAGAAAAUGACAUUCUACCAGACCAGAAUCAAAGACAGCCUGUCUCAGGAGAUGCCUCAUGUCAGUCUCCAACAUCCACUUACGCCUUGGUGGAGUUUCAUACCGGACCAGAAACCACUAAAACCAAAAACACCCCCCAGCCAGAGACAGUGUAUGCUCAGGUUAACAGAGCCGCCAAGCUCCAAUCCACAGGCCCAACAACCAACACCCAGAGCUGAAGAACAUCAACAGAACCAUAAAUGCUUACAUUUGGUUUCACCUCCCGUUUCCUAAAUAUGUCUGUAAAAUGUGAAUGCUCGUGUUGCCAUGUCAGUGGUGGAUGGAUGAUGGAUGGAUGGAUGGAUGGAUAAAUGGAUGGAUGGAUGUUGUAGCUAACUUUAGACACAAGGGUGACUGCUGCUUAAUAUUGUGUUCUACCUCAAAUGUAGCUGCAUGUUUCUGUUAAGAGUUAAGUUAAUUGGUGCUAAGGUGUUGGUGAGAGAACUGAAUCAAGAAGAAUGUUAUAAAGAUAAAUCUCACACACACACACACACACACACACACACACACACACACACACACACACACACACACACACACACACACACACAC